AUCACCUUCAGCAUCGAAAGAAAAUCUUCCGAGAGAAGAUGAGGAAGCAAGACGACAGGCUCUGCGGAGAAACCGAGUGCGAAGAUCAAACUCCAAUUAUGUUUCGUGUCCGUUGUCCUUGGCGGUCCUCGUGGAAUCCUAAUCCAUAAUUCCAUCAUCGUGGUCACUCUGGUUUCGACUAGUACAACUUUUGAUUUUGAACUCCAAAAGAACUGUGAGAGACUGACCACAUCAUAUUUAUAUUUCGACACCAUUAUUUAUAAAUUUACCCUGCUAGCUAGCUAAGCCUAAAAAGUUACCAACAUUCUCUUCCUCAAUCUACUCUUCUAAUUCCCUUUAACCAGUGGCGUCAGACCGACGGAUGAGCUUCCGAACCAGGGUAGCGGACCACGACUCAUGAGGACAAAGAGUAGCGAGAGUAUAGGGACACCGAUACCAAGGAAAACAAGUGGCACAACGAGUAUACCUAGGCAAACGAGUGGCACAAGUAAUCGUAGCAGAGGCGAGGAAGGCGGAAUUCAAAAUUUUAAGGACAAAGACACGGCAGUACUAGAGGCAGAAAGAAUGAAAACUUGGUAACAUAAACUUUGAAAAAGAUCGAUACCGAUAGCGAUGCCGUAGGUAUGUCUCUAAUUCUAAUAAUCCCGGAGGAAGCUCGCCAUUGGGUGAGCGAAGCAGGACGAGGAGCAUUGAAAGCGCGUCAAUGAAAAGGACUGCGAGUCGACAAUUUUGAGGAGAUGAGAAUGAUAGGAAGAGGAGCUGCCCUUUUUGUAGUUUCUUCAGCAGCUUAGCAACUAAGAGUAGUACGGGUGACUCCAAGAAAUAGCAGUGGCAGUAUUAUCUUCCACCAGCACGACUGACUCAUCAUGGCCAUGGGUAGCGUUAUCAUUAUGCUCAUAUCUGGAUCAAUUUGGUAUGAUCAUUGAGUAGAUUCUUAGUCUUUCUUGCUCAAUAUUGUCCUCCACACAGGACAUCUAUCUUCUCAUCUUGAGAUGAUCUUCUCUAGACGAACAAGCACCACUCUGAAUUCAAAAUACAAGUAACAUUACCACAACUCUGAAUUAUGAUGUGCGUCACCUCUCCGACUCCGACUCCGUCCCCUCUUCCUGCUACCAAGUACAAUGGGAACGAAAAGUAACCUCUUUGGAUUUGUCUGUAUCAAAUAGAUCUUCAAAAAUCAUCUUCUACUUACACUUAGCUACUUGAAAUACGGUUAAUGCCUGUGAUACACAAGGGAGCAGAGGGAAGUGGACUUCUUCUGAGAUACUAUGAUAUAUGCGUCAUGAGAUCAAAAUCUUCCCUGGAACCGUGUCAUAAAGUCCAUCUUGCUUCAAACAUCAAGCGAAUUCGGA